AUGUGGGCAACUUUUAUUUAUCAUUUACAAAUGAAGUCUUGUAUAUGCUGCUCAUUGUCGUUUUGGUCGUUUUUCUUUUUUUUUGUUACGAAAAAGGGAGGUGGAAAGUCAGUGCCAAAUGCAUGGCAAUCCUUGGUCGAGCUUAUUUAUGAUUUCGUGCUGAACCUGGUAAACGAACAAAUAGGUGGUAUUUCUGGAAAUGUGAAACAAAAGUUUUUCCCUCGCAUCUCGGUCACUUUUACUUUUUCGUUAUUUCGUAAUCCCCAGGGUAAGAUACCCUUUAGCUUCACAGUGACAAGUCAUUUUCUCAUUAGUUUGGCUCUUUCAUUUUCCAUUUUUAUAGGCAUUACGAUCGUUGGAUUUCAAAGACAUGGGCUUCAUUUUUUUAGCUUCUUAUUACCUGCGGGAGUCCCACUGCCGUUAGCACCUUUCUUAGUACUCCCUGAGCUAAUCUCUUAUUGUUUUCGUGCAUUAAGCUUAGGAAUAUGUUUAUUUGCUAAUAUGAUGGCCGGUCAUAGUUUAGUAAAGAUUUUAAGUGGGUUUGCUUGGACUAUGCUAUUUCUGAAUAAUAUUUUCUAUUUCAUAGGAGAUCUUGGUCCCUUAUUUAUAGUUCUAGCAUUAACCGGUCUGGAAUUAGGUGUAGCUAUAUCACAAGCUCAUGUUUCUACGAUCUCAAUUUGUAUUUACUUGAAUGAUGCUACAAAUCUCCAUCAAAAUGAGUCAUUUCAUAAUUGA